UUGAACUACAAGUCCCGACACGUACCCAACCGACACCCCCUCUUCACUCCGUGCUCACUUCCCUCUUCCGGCCCCGUUUUGCGUUGUUUGGCUAAAGAUGGCGCUAGCGGCUAACACGGGCGAUUCCACUGUGUUUCACCCAAAAAACGAUUCGGCCAGUGGUGACAAAACAUUGACCACGUCGAGCUUCAAUUCGUCAGUUGACGUGCAACAAAGUGUGGUGCAUUGAGAGAAUACACGUCCAUCGCGUAGAAUAACGCGUGGUCGGGCCUCGUCGCGACGUCGUAGGCCUUUGUUCUUUAGGGAGUCGACCGGAGCGGCUGGAACUCCAUUUCCCGUGAGCACCCGCGGCGGCGUCAGCUGGUACGACUCUUCUUCUUCCUCGUGCUGGUAUCUGUAGUUUUCUGAGCAGGAUGUGACUUUUGCGGAAACUUUUUGGCAUUUGUAUUUUUUUGUUUUUUUUUGUUUUUUAAAAUAUGAAUGGACUAAACAAGAGGGUAUUUCCACCUGCCAAUGAAGUUAAGUGAAAUGAUAUUUAAUUUUUCAGUAUUCCACUGGAGGUGUCCACUGACGCUCCACAGUAUGUAUUAUCAUUAUUAUUAUUAUAUCUGUGUAAAUCGCGAGGGGGUGAAACAUUCAGAUAAGUGAACCUGGACAUUCAGAGCGGAACCAUGGCAGCAUCACCUGCACAAGGUGCAGGCAAAACAUCUCGCGCUGCCUCCAGAGAUGGCCACGCGUCAUCACCAGAGUUCUCCUUGACCUGGUGCUUGGCUCACCUCUGCAAACCCGGACCAGGGGCCGAACACCACGGCAACGGCAAGGCGGCGGACACAGGUGGCGGUGGCAGAGACAUGGACAAGAGGUCCAGGGUCUCCCAGUGGCGAGCCCUGGUCGCGAUCCGCACGCAGCACAUCAAGGGGGACAAGGCGGGCAUCGCCACGUUCAGAACCCAAGGGGGUCUCCGGCCCCUGCUGGACCUGCUCCAGCGCCCGGAGUGCUCCAGGAAAACCCUGGACCUGGCCCUGAGCAUCCUGGCCAACUGCUGCACGGAGCCAGAGACACGCGUAGAGGUUCGUAAACUGGAUGGAAUAGAUGUUGUUGUGGGGAUCCUGAAGAGAAACGUGGCCCUGGAGACCGUCCAGAACCGAGCUGCCCGGGCUUUGGGGAACUUGGCCAUGGAUCCAGAGAGCUCUGCUCUCAUCCACUCUGCUGGUGGAGUUCCUCUCCUCCUCCUCUGCGUCUCUCUGUCUUCCGCCCCGUCUUCCCCGACCGCUGCUCUACCAAAAGACCCCUGUCCCAAGCUGGAGUGUGCUCAGUCGGCUGCCCGGGCCCUCCUCUACCUUUCGGACACGCCCUCUAACCGCCUCUCUCUGCUCACCCAAGGGACCCUGUCGGCCCUCGCUCCUCUCAUCGCUCCGGAAUAUCCACUGGCGCUGCGGCGGGCGGCGCUCAGGACCCUGCACGAGCUGACCCGGGGCUGCGGUGUCGAAUGUGCCCGGGAGGUGUCCCGCUCCGGGGUUCUCGCUCAGCUCGGCGUCAUUGCGUCGGGGGAGGAGUCUGGUAAACCCUUCGAGGAGCUGGCACUGAAAACGCUGGCCAACCUGUGCACCCAAGGCUGCCUGCGUCCGCUAGUGGGGUCGCUGGGCGUCAUCCAGAAGUUCACAGAGGAAGUGAAGAAGGACCAGCUGAAGUCCGGCGUGUUCCUCAAGGCACUGUGCUUGUGCUGCAAGGAGGCAGUCAACCGGGCCAAGGUGAAGGAGAGCGGCGGGCUGGAGGUACUCACCGGCUUCCUGUCCGCCCACCAGAGUCACCCUCUGUCCCGGCUCGUCAUUCUGGCCUGUGUGGACUUUGUGUUCGAUGAGUCCGCCAUGGAGCAGCUGCAGGAGUUGGGGCUGGUCCCGCUGCUCGUCGCACGGCUGGUGGAGCUCAGCAGGGGCGAGGAGGAGCAGUAUGCCGAGAAGAUGGACGUGAGCCUCGCGUCGAGCAUGUCGCCCGACCUCCUGUCCUCGUCCUGCUUUGAAUCUUUCGACUUCCCUACUCCCGAGAGCUACAAGAAGGAAGAGGCUGGCAGGGAGCAGGGUCUCUGUUCGUCGAGCUUUCAAAGCCUCAGGUCCUGGUUGGUGUCUGAGGGACUGAUCUCGUCUGAGGGCGACCUGCCGGAUUCCUCAGGCGUUGACGGGGAGUGGGGGAGUCUUCAGAUUCCCCUGUCUUCGUCCGCAAACCCAGACUCCAGUUCACCUAAAAACCCCUCCACGUCUAACCUGACUCCUUCUUCUGCUUCCAAAAAGGCAGCUCAGCCUUCCCCCGCUAAAAUCACUGAUCAAACUUCCUCCAGUCCUCAGACUUCCAGUGCACCUGCGACCCAAAAUCAGCCCGGUUCCUCCGCAAUCUCGUCUCCCACGAAAACCACGACCCACACGCCGGUGUCACCAUCAAAGUUCUCCUCCCCUCACAGACGGAGGCAGCGGGCUCAUUUUGCAGCUUCUCUGACCAAGGUCACCCUGGAUACCCCUCCGUCGGUGCCCCGCCCGGCGGCCUACCACCACCCGUACCACCCCGAGCCCUGGACGACCGAGUCGCCUAUCCUGCUGCUGCUGUCGCGCUUCUCCCACGCCACUGACCCGAGCGCCGCGCUGGUCAGCUCCGGCGUCAUGACGGGCCUGCUCUACUACCUCACGCAGCACCAAGACCCCAGCAGCCGGUGCUUCCGCAUGCUCUGCCGACUGAGCUGCAACCCAAACUGCUUGCAGGCGCUGGUCCGCACGGGCUCGGUGGCGUUGAUUCGCCACCGUCUCUGCCAGCGGGAGGAAGGGUCCGAGCGGGACGAGAGGCAGACGGACCGAGUGAAAGCCAAAGUCAAACAACUGGGUGCUUCGCUUCUCAAUAAUCUGCGUGUCCAGUGCGAGUCUGGAUUUGGCGCCGGGGUCCUCGCACACGUGAUGAUGUCGGGCUCUGAGUCGGACAAGGUGAACUGUGCGCUGUCUCUGCCGUUAAUAAGCAGCAACAAGAUCCUGUUGAAGAAGCUCCUCCUGGACAGCGGCGGGCUCCUCUCGGCUCUGCAGCCGCUCGGUUGCGAGGACGACGAGGACGACGGCGCUGCGGAUGAAAACAACGCCGCUGAACGUAGGCGGCUGCUCUCUGACCUGUUUAACUCACCACAUGCCGGGCGGCAGACCUCCCGUGUCCAAUCGCUGUACUUCUCUCUCCUGAUCGGAUGCCUGUCCACCCUGACGGCGAGCGUUAAAACUGAGCUGGACAAAAGACACAUAAAUCUGUCAGUCGCUAAUGUUGGCAGGGUUUCUCCCCCUCCCUCGAAAAAGCCUCGACUAUCUGACAAAUGUCCUCACGGUCUGUCAGACUUUGACCUGUUCUUGCUGCUGGACGACGGGACUCGGAUCCCGGCCAAUAGGGAGGCUGUGGCCGGGGCGGAGGGGACGGAGAGCGUGGGGUCUGAAUACUUCCGUGCUCUGUUGAGAGGCGGAUUUGGAGAAGCUCAGGUUGAUGUAGAAGAAGCCAUCCACAUCAGAGAUGUGAGCGUGGGUAUGUUACUACCGGUGCUGCAUUACCUGCACGGGUGUCGCUUCGCAGAGGACACGGAAUCCUCAGGGGGAAGGGAUGAAGGACAGAGGGGAGGACGGUGUCAGGUUUUGGACUCGUUGGUCCACGAGGGACUGAGCGUCAGUCAAAAGGACUCGGUGGAAGACUUUGCUUUCCAGAAAACACCUUUAGGCGAGGCGAUGAUCGGAGCAUGCCGGUUUCUGGUGACGGAGCUGCAGCGAGAGCUGGAGGAUCUCUGCGUGUCUCUUCUUCUUCUGUCCUGCUCCACCAAGGCCCCGACGGGAGCUGAUCCAGUUCCCGCGGAGGACCACAAGGACCCGAAAUGCCUCGAGUCGGCUGAGGAGAACCUGGCCCAUCGGACGUCCGAGCUGGAGCUGACCGGUCUCGAGGCGAAGAAACCGAACAGUUCCCCGCUGCGAACACACAGUAAGAAAUCCUCUCUCGUCAGAGCGGUUAAAAAGGGCAACAGGGGACUCGACACGAGUUCGGACCAGAAGACGGCGGAACGCAUCGAAGAGUCGAUUUCGAGAGCAAAGAACCCGAUCAAAGGUUCGACGGAGCCUCUGAAAUCCGCGGCCCGGGGCUCCGCCUCUUCCCCAGAAGCCGCUGCAGGAGGCGGGGCUCUGGCCGCUCUCCUCCCGCAGGUGUAUUGGUUCUCCCAGCGCCACAGCUACCCGGCGCUGGGCCGGGCCUGCCUGUCUCUGCUGCUGGGCUGUCGGGACCGUCCUCGGGCCUUCGCCUCCUCCACCCUCGCUCGGGACUGCCUCCGCAGACUCGCCCGAGAGGCCGACUGCGCAGACGCUCUGAAGCAGGGUCUAGUGAGUCUGGUCGCGGUCGCUCUGAGCUGAAUGUACUGAUCUGUGGCGGGAGGUCAGGGGGCGUAGACGUGUAACGGGAGCGUAGAUAAUAAGUGUCUCGAAAAGUUGCCAUCGUAUUAAUUUUUAUCAAAUCACACGAUAGAACACGCGCAGGUCAUAAUCAUGGAACGGUUCAUCUGAGCUGUAUGAAUUUCUUCCGCACUAAACAGAACUGACUGACUGCUUCAAUUUAUUUCUAUUAUUGAGAUUUAUCGCCAAUGGAUACGAAACUGUUGCCUGUCCCAUCAUUAAACCGCUCUGUUAACAAUUUACCGCCGAUGAAUUAGCUUCUAAAGACAUUUGUGUUGUGAUCAUGUUUAAUUUAAAAAGUUUUUUUUUUUUAUUUAAAUUUUUUUGGGGGCGGGGGCAAAGUUUAAGCACAUUGAUACACGAUGCAUUCGAUAGACGUCAUGUAGCUGGAGGUUCUGGAUUUAUCUGAUUCGAUCAUGGAGCCAGUUGUUUAUGUUGUACAUACAGAUCUUAUGGAAUAGCAGCUAUAUAAAAGUGUAUAGGUUUCACACCCCUGCCCCCUUAUAAACGUAUACAUCCGAAUAUAUUGUUGCAACAUCA